ACGUGUGGCAGUCGCUGCGGCUGUGUCAGUUCAUGUAUCCCAAGAGAGAUCACAUAUUUACAUUUCUUUCAACGUUGAUAACUGGAUAGUGUAUGUACUUCAUAAUAAUUUCCGAGUACCAGUAGUUUCGAAACUGAAUUUUCAUUUACAUGAAGAACGAAGUCAUAUUGUUGCUUUGUGGAGAGCAACAUAAGGAGCGAAUGUUCCAAUGAAGAACAACCAUCAGCACUGUGAAGUUUCGACGAUCCCUUUUGCAACAAAAUGGCGGGUACAGUGUUUACCUGACAAGAAUUAACACUUUUACUUGCGUUAAAGGAAGUGGAAAGAUUGGAAGUGAUUUCUGACACACUCUGCUAGCUCUGAGAGUUCCGAUUCUUGUCAUUGUCUUGUCUUGUGUUGCAAUGAUGCAUUAGACACGUGGUAUUUUGACGUUGUGGUGACAUAUUAGUGCCAUUUGUUUAUUUAAUGCGAAGAAUUUAGAUGCCAAAAGCAUUCAGCGUGUAAAAGAUCUGUGGCGUCUUUCAAGUAUUGUUUCGUGUGAUGGAUUCUAUUGUGUACAUCGUCGUGAUGAGUUAACGUCAUGUUUUUCGGGAGCAAUUGACAGUACAAGAAUAUGAAAAAGGAGGAUCUUUUACACCUGUAACAUCAACGGUGUCGUCGCAAGUAGCAUCACCUGGUGUAUUUACUCCACACGGACAAAGGAGCCAAUGUCGUAGGACGGGAGGCUUCGAAUAUGCUCUAAGACGUGGGCUGCGGUUGGACGAUGGGAGACCAGUUGCGAACGCUGCUGCUCCUGCUACUCGCCAGCGCAGCGCUGUGGUCGCGUGUCUCGGCGGAGCAAGUUGUGCUGCUGGAUACGACACAGGAGCCCACUCUAGAAUGGACCAGAUAUCCCUACGGGCCGCAGGCAAACACCCCAGGGUGGGUAGAAGAAAGCUUUACGAAUUUCGAAAAGGGAAUCAACUGGAGAUCAUACGUCGUUUGUGACGUGGCUUACAACAACGUCAACAACUGGCUAUGGACUCCGUUCGUGGAGAGGCGGACAGCGAAUCGCAUUUACAUCGAAAUAAAGUUCACCAUUCGGGACUGUUCGUUGUUUCCCGGCAAUGCGCUGUCCUGCAAAGAGACGUUUAGUUUGCUGUAUUACGAAUUCGACGCCGCCACCCGGGAACCACCGCCGUGGGAACCCGAGAGCUACAGACUCAUUGGUCGAAUAGCAGCUGGGGAAGGGCGAUUCAAUACAAAUAGUGAAGUCACAAUUAAUACUGAAAUCAAGUCCAUUCCAGUUACAAAGAAAGGAGUAUAUUUUGCAUUUCGUGACCAAGGUGCCUGCAUAUCUCUCUUGGCUAUAAAGGUUUAUUAUAUAACAUGUCCUGAAGUGACUGUAAAUUUUGCACACUUCCCCACUACUCCUACUGGUCGUGAAGUCACUUUCAUUGAACAGGCAACAGGAAAGUGUGUAGAUAAUGCUGAAGAAGUUGAGCCACCCACCUACCUCUGCAAAGGGGAUGGUAAAUGGUAUUUACCCUCUGGAGGGUGUAAGUGUAAAGCUGGCUAUGAAGCAGAUGAAGAUAAACAAACUUGCAAUGCAGUUUGCCCUGCGGGAACAUUUAAACACAACACAGGAGAUGAAAGGUGUCAACCCUGUCCCAAUCACAGCAAAGCUCUUGAAUCUGGAUUUGCUGAAUGCCGUUGUAAUGCACAAUAUUAUCGGGCUCCAAAGGAUCCAAAAAAUAUGCCAUGUACUCAACCACCUUCUGCUCCAAGGAAUCUUACUGUAAAUUUUGUGGAUCAGUCUACUGUGAUGUUGUCUUGGCAACCCCCUCAUUUUCUUGGUGGUCGUAAUGAUACUGUAUAUAGAGUGAAGUGUAAUACUAGUGCAUCUGGCGUUAUAUAUUCUCCUAAGACUGUUGUAUUUAACAGUACAGAAGUUAGAAUCUCUGGUUUGAAUCCAGUAACGACAUAUCAGUGUCAAGUAUUUGCUGAAAAUGGUGUCUCAGAAUUAUCUGGGCAAAGUCAGUCAGUUGAUGUGACUGUAACAACUGAAGCUUCAGUGCCAUCAACUAUCACUAAAGUUAAUAUUACUAAUGUGAAAUCUACAGAAAUUACUCUUGAGUGGGAUGCUCCAGUUAUUGGGGAUGAUCCAGAAGUUGAAAGUGAAGUUGUGGAAGUGUACGAGGUGCGUGGUUUUCCAACAAGCAACAGUUCAAAUCCCAUAAUAGCUAGGACUCAAAAACAAAAAUACACAUUUACUGGACUUCGCCAAAACACUGAUUAUAGCUUUCAAGUGAGAGCAAAAACACAGCAUGGCUGGGGAGAGUACAGUAAAGUUGUCUCAAAGAAGACUGGGCAAGUUCUAGAACACUUUGGCAAUACUGACAUGCAAGUGAGACUGAUAGCUGGUGCUACAGUCGGAGUUGUUGUCUUCCUGGUCAUCGUUAUUAUAAUUGCUGUUGUUUUCUUAAGAAGUCGUGGAAGCGAUGAGUGCAAUAAGAAACAACCCAGUGACUGUGAUACAUUGGAGUACAGAAAUGGUGAAGUGCACUGCAGCUUGGAUAACCCUCCUAUUGUUACCACCCACACAAAUGGAAUGACUACACCAUUGUUUACUGCUGUGGGAGCUGCAUCUCGAACAUAUAUAGAUCCUCAUACUUAUGAGGAUCCCAAUCAAGCAGUUAGGGAAUUUGCUCGUGAAAUAGAUGCCUCUUGUAUAACAAUAGAGGCAAUUAUUGGGGGCGGUGAAUUUGGUGAUGUGUGUCGAGGUAAACUAAAGUUGUCUCCUGAUGGGCGUCAGGAAAUAGAUGUGGCUAUAAAAACUUUGAAGCCUGGAAGUUCUGAUAAAGCUCGUAAUGACUUUCUUACGGAAGCAAGUAUUAUGGGUCAGUUUGAACAUCCUAAUGUGAUAUUUCUUCAAGGUGUUGUAACAAAGUCAAAUCCAGUCAUGAUAAUCACAGAGUAUAUGGAAAAUGGGUCUCUUGAUACGUUCCUCAGGGCAAAUGAUGGAAAGUUCCAAGUGAUACAGCUAGUUGGUAUGCUGCGUGGUAUUGCAUCUGGGAUGCAAUAUUUAUCAGAAAUGAACUAUGUGCAUAGAGAUCUAGCUGCUCGUAAUGUUCUGGUCAAUGCACAACUUGUCUGCAAAAUUGCAGAUUUUGGUCUCAGUCGAGAAAUAGAAAGUACGACAGAGGGUGCCUAUACAACAAGGGGAGGAAAAAUACCUGUGAGAUGGACAGCUCCAGAAGCUAUUGCAUUUCGUAAAUUUACAUCGGCAUCUGAUGUAUGGAGUUUUGGAAUAGUCUGUUGGGAAGUCAUGUCCUAUGGAGAAAGGCCAUAUUGGAAUUGGAGCAAUCAAGAUGUGAUCAAAUCUAUUGAAAAAGGCUAUAGGUUACCUGCUCCUAUGGAUUGCCCCGAAGCAAUAUAUCAGCUGAUGUUGGACUGCUGGCAAAAGGAACGCACUCACAGACCAACAUUUGCGUCUAUAGUCAAAACUUUGGACAAACUUAUUCGAUGCCCAGACACAUUGAGGAAAAUAGCACAAAAUAGGACAGCAAAUCCUCUUGCUCCUGAUGCUCCUGACAUGACACAAUUUACUUCAGUUGAGGAGUGGCUAAAUUCCAUAAAGAUGGCUCGGUAUUUGGAAAACUUUGAGCGAGCUGGAAUUACAAGCAUGGAUGCUGUAGUGCGAGUGACAGUGAAGGAACUAACUGCUUUAGGUAUUACAUUGGUGGGACAUCAAAAGAAGAUCAUGAAUAGUGUGCAAGCUAUGAGAGCUCAAAUAUCUGCCAAUUUAUCUGAAGGUUUCCUGGUUUAACCAAAAUUUGGCUCUAAUGUCAUAGCAAAUACACAUGAGCACAUAAUUAUUAAGUAUUAAUAAUGACUUUAACAAAAGAGUGAUUCAGUGUGAAUUUGUGGCCAUAGUUAUGUGAAUGAGAAAAUGAAUAUUACAUUAUUCAGAACAAUUUGGCAACGUGAAGCCAUUUUGAAAUAUCACGUAUGAAGACUUUAAGUUCAGUCAUGAAUACGUUGCAAUAAUUGAAGAAGUGCGUGUGCAUCCUAAUGAGAGUGUUAUAAGUGCAAGAUAUCCUGCUAAAAUUUGCUGUUUGCAAAAGGUUCAUUGUUGUGAUAAAUAGAAAGUAAUGAACUGUAAAGAAAAAGAAAUAAUUAUCUUUUAAUAAUUGUGGUGUUGGAAAGGACAGAGUAUGUGUGAUUUCUCAUUUUGAAGAAAUAACACAGAACAGUGCAUGUAUUACUAAAUUGACUUUAUCCAAUGGACAUAAUUAGUGAAAUACUUUAAGUUUCAUUGUCCAUGAAACUCAUCUUGGUUUUACAAGAAAUGUUUGUAGUACUGUAUGUGUCAUAGAUUUCCUUUUGUGAUUUGUGUAAGUUAGUACCUUAAUUUCUUUUCUAUCUUCAACUUGUCUCAUUCUGUUGUUACUUUUAUUCUUGUUGUGUAAUUCUUUUGUGAUAUUUCAUAGUUCUAUUUCGCGAGAAUCUUUCUUUGAUGUACAUGUGAAGUACCCGUUUGCUGUGUCUCUUUCUACUGUAUUUUGUAAUUUGUGACUAUGAUUUUAUUAUUUAUCAAGUCAUUUAGUAGUAAAAAAAUCAACCAAAUAACGUUUCUCCUAAGUAUGAAUAUACAUUUGUAUUUCCUCAUUAGAAGAGAUAUAAUACGUCCAACAUUAUCAUCCAGUAUACUAUUGAUGAAAACAAUCAGAAUGGAAGCCUACAGUUUACUUAAUUUAAUUUUUUAUGUGCUGUCAAUCCUGCUACUUCCUUACUGUAUAUACUCCUGUGUAAAUAAAUUUCUUUGCAUAAGCUUUUGUGAGUCAGGGAGUGUAAGAAUAAUUGUUUUUUUGUUUAUGUGACUGGAAGUAUCUACCAGUAUAAACAUUCUUACUGCUGCACAUAACGAUCAUGUUCAUUGUAGCCCUGUAAGACUUAAGAGUGUUGUAUUAUUUCUUAUUAAUACAACUUGUGCUAUGGGCUGUGUGAUUUUCUAUAAUGAUACAUGAGUACUAAAGGCUUGAUUGUGUGAAAAGGAUAUAUAGAGAAUGUGAGUAAUAAUCACAUAAGCACUUGGCAGAAGACAGCAUCUUUGAAUAUACAUUGUAUCAUACAAGUGACAUUUGUGGUAAGAGAGGGCUUGUCGUAUACAAGAGUAUGUACAGUAUUUGUUUGACCUGCGAGUCAAUAAUAUUUAAGGCAGUUUUCUCCUAUCUGAGUGUUGUGAAUAAAAACUUUCACUUUUCCAAUGUUAAAUUUAUUUUGUUUUAAGUUGUUUUUAAAUAUAUAUAUAUUUAUGUAUGUGUGCACACAUACAUAUGCAAAAUGGCAAUACAUGAAAAUUGUAUGUUUCUGCGAUAGCAAAAUGUUCCUUUUUAUUAAAGAGCUCUCUUGACUUUGAAACACAGAAAAUAUAUUCCUACGUACUUGUCAAACGGCCUUAAUUCAGUCCUCCUCUUUCUUGCAUGCAUGACUAAAGUACAGG